CAAGGAUACUGAAACUCAAGUCACUGUAAGCAAGGAUACAGGGACUCAAGUUACUGCAACUCAAAACACUGAAAUCAAGGACCCCAUUGAAACUCAAGAUGAAAGAUUGUUGUCUGUAGAUUUUGCUGCCUUAUUUGGUCAUAUAAGAUUGGUCGAGUUAAUCCUAACAUUUUAUACCCAGCAUUCAAGAUCCACCCCAAAACAAUCUCGUAACAUGCUUUUCAGAGCCGUCCAUUUUGGCUCAUUUGAUGCGCUGAAGUUACUCUUAAAGCAUAAAACAUAUACGAAUGAGGAAAUAUCGGACGCAUUGUAUUUAGCCACUCAGAAACGUGAUGCCAAAUGCAUGGAGGUGUUAUUAUCAUUAAAGGUACCAGUCACACAGAUGACGCUCAAUAUGAAUCUCUACCAUCUCCUUUGCUUGGUGUCAACACAGCCUGAGAUCAACACUGGAAUAACAGAUCUGAUGAAUAAUCAAUCAAGAUUGGCUGAAUGCUUCAAAGUAUUGAUUAAGUACAGUCAUGACGUCAAUAGCCGUGUCCCUGACAGAACAUACCCCCUCUAUAGUCUCAUUUGGGCGAUUUUUAGUAAAAUAUUUAAUGAAGACUCUGACAACUCUGAAGAUUUGAGAAGUACAGUCGAAGAUGGUCUCCAGUGUUUAGAGAAUCUGCUGAAUGCAGGUGCCGAUCCUAACUUUAAUGAAACUGCUGCUGCCACCUAUAGCAACGAGGAGACACUAAUCAUCUCCGGGAGAUUGGCAUUCCCAUCUGCCCUGGUGUGUGUUGUGUAUAAGAUAUAUGACCAAGUUAUCAACAACACAGUGGAUAAUGCAUUGAGGUGCCCAGGGAAUGACUCAACUCGAGUCCAAAUUGACCAAUUUGUCGUGGAAGUUUUCGAGGUUUUGUUACAACAUGGAGCUAAGUUACAUAUCCCUGAUCGUGACCCUCAUAUGGAAUCAUUAACUGAUCCAUUGGGAUUUAUCCUAAUGACAUUAUUGAUGUGUGACAAAGCAAAUCCUGCAAAUGGGUGCUCUAUAAAUUGCCACUUUAUCAAACCCCUAAUAGACCUUCUUGAACUUGUCUUAGUGAAUGGAGGAAACUUGGAGAAAAUGACUAAUCCCCAGUGUGCAGCAUCCAUUGAUAUCUCUACUCUAUCAGU